CUUUUGCCUGCUGGUUGGUGCUGCUCUUGCCUCCUGCUGGGACCGGAGUUUUUCGUCUCCGAGGAAGCAGCCUUGGGGCUUCCUAGUUUGUGUUCUUCGCCGUUCAGAUUAGCAAGAAAGCGGAGUGGGAGAAGCUUCUCCCGUUCGAUCUUCCUUCUAUUUUAACCGGGAUAAGAAUGAGAACAUGAGCCAGAGAGACAUUUGCGUACAUCUCUUUGCUGGAGGAUGUGGAGGCACAGUAGCUGCAAUCUUGACAUGUCCACUAGAAGUUCUGAAAACACGAUUGCAAUCAUCAUCUAUUACUCUCUACAUUUCUGAAGUUCAGCUGAAUACUGUGAAUGGAGCAAGUGUUAAUCGGGUUUCUCCACGGGCUUUUCAUUGCUUUAAGAUGAUCUUACAAAAUGAGGGUCCCCGGUCAUUUUUCAGAGGACUAGGUCCUAACUUGGUAGGCGUGGCUCCAUCCAGAGCACUAUAUUUUGCAACUUAUUCCAAGUCCAAAGAAAUUAUGAAUAACGUAUUUGAGCCAGAUUCUACUCAAGUACAUAUGACCUCAGCUGGAGUGGCAGGUUUUACUGCAAUCACAGUAACUAAUCCAAUUUGGUUAGUAAAGACACGAUUACAACUUGAUGCAAGGAAUCGUGGAGAAAGACGGAUGAAUGCUUUUGAAUGUGUACGCAAAGUUUAUCGGUCAGAUGGAAUUAAAGGUUUUUACCGAGGGAUGUCUGCCUCUUACGCAGGCAUAUCAGAGACUGUUAUUCAUUUUGUUAUUUAUGAGAAUAUUAAACAAAAAAUCUUGGAAUGUAAUUCUGCUUCUGGAAUGAGUAAGGAGGAUGAGCCUGUCAAAAAAGCAUCUGAUUUUGUUAGUAUGAUGGCAGCUGCAGCCACUUCGAAAACCUGCGCUACAUCUAUUGCCUAUCCACACGAGGUUGUACGAACAAGACUACGAGAAGAAGGAACAAAGUACCGAUCCUUUUUCCAGACGUUGUCAUUGCUUAUGCAAGAAGAAGGCUAUAGUUCUUUCUAUCGUGGCCUAGCCACACAUUUGAUAAGACAAAUACCAAACACGGCUAUAAUGAUGACUACCUAUGAAGUGGUAGUCUACUUGCUCAAUAGACAGCAGCACUACUAUCUGACUAUUGGGAAGUGAAAGACCAAAAGUUUGGACCAUAAACAUUCUGAAUGAUAGCAGCUAUACAUAUAUAUAUCAUCCAGGUAUAUCACCCGUAUAUCAACUAUAUGCAGAUAUGGACAAAGUGGAAGAAUAUCGAUAGGCAAUCAUUCACACUUCUGCUGGCUUGUCAUAUGGUAUCUCUUGCAAGUUUUUCUUAAGGACUACAUUUAACAUGUCAUACUUCAAUUGCAAUUUCCUCUUACCAUGUUAACUUUUUUACUUCUAUGCAGUGAGCAGCGAGGGCUUGGUGUGAGCAAGGAGGUUGUAAUGUGUUUUAGUGCAAGGUGUAAAUCCAUUACUGGUUGUAGAGUUAUGUUCUACAGCAGUUUGAAGGCUAUGUCAGCGUAAAGCAUAUUCAUGCUCGUAUCUGAAAGUCCAUUUUGCAAUUGAAAUAAAAUGAUAGGUGAAGAUUUACAUUAAGCUUCCCAUUUUACUACCUCAAUGGGUCUCAGAAGGAAAUGUAAAUUCCUACAUUCCUCUAAAAACAUAUUGAUCUUCAUUUGUUUAUACAUGGGGGCAGGGCAGGAAGAACAAAAUUCUAAUAAUUUUAACAUCUAACCCUGGGUUGAGUGUGCCAUAGGUGCAUAUUUUAAUAACCCACUUAAUUUUAAGUUUUUGCUGUACAAAUAGAAGAAUGUUAAGAUCUGUGUAAGAUUUUCUUCUGUUCUCCUGUAUGCAUCAUCUGAUGGAUCCUAGUAGGACUUAAAAGUAUUUCUAGAUUGUGUUAUUUUGAACCAAGAAUCAACCAAUUCUUGAAGAGUGGCAAAUAACUUAGUAAUUCAGCAUUAUGUCAGACUUCAGCAAACUUAAUUCUUGUAAGAGUUACGUCACCUGAGCUGAAAUCUGCAUCAAUUAAAUGCCAAACUUCACUAUACUUCAAGAACAUAUAAAAAUCAAAUGCUAAUAUUAUUAUUAAGAAAUAAUAAUACUCUGCAUUCAAGCAUUCCCUUGUAUUUUAUUAUUUGCUUAAUUUCUGGUGCAUUGUGCAGAAAUUGAAAAAUGAAUUUUUUUCCCCUUAGAAAGUAUAGUCCUUAAAAUUUAUUUCAACAUUUACACAAUAUAAUUUGCUAUCAUUUAAGAGUUGAUUUUCACUAACACAUAGUAACUAUGUUGUCUUUAACAAACACUAUUCACAGUAUUACAAGUAACAUAUUUUAGUGUUAUAUAAUUAAUACAAAAAUCCUACAUUCAUUUUUUAAACUACAGUCCUCCUGUUCCAAGCAAAUUUUCUGCCUAUGAAUUACUGUUUUCUAAUUGAAUAUUUUUUUAUUUGCAAAUUUAGCUAGUGAUACCAUGAAACAAGCUUGUGAAUUCAUUUGCGGGUAUUUAAUUCAAAGACAAUAUUCUAAAAAUGUGUAUCGUUAGUGUAUUUGAUUUUUUUAUUAAAGAAAAUUAAAUAAUUGUAAUGGUGCAAUCCUACUCUUGCCUAUUCAGAAGUUACAAAGAAUGUAGAAAGAUUUAUUUCUAAAUCAGUUGUUUCUAAAUAGAAUUAUAGCUUAAAGUUUAUUUAUGGCAACUGGAUUAUACAUGGUUAGUUCCCUUUAUUAUUGUAUAUAUUUUGUUACUGUAUAAUACAGACAAGUGAAACAUGAGGGCAUGAGGAAAGCUUAAAAUUUAUUUCUAUAAACUGUUAAAAAAUAAUUUCAUUGCAGGCUACUUUAAAAUAAUGCAGGGAUUCUGAGAAUAGAGCCAACUGUCGAAAUAGUUUCUCCCUGGCUAUUCUGUAGCAGAUACAUUUCCUAUAGACUUGCAAUAUUUAGUUUGAUGGUUGUAUUAAAAUGUACCUCUUGUUACAAAUCAUUCUGCUGGAUCUUUUUAGCAGGAAAUAAUUUUCUUCAAUGAGACUGAUCUUGUUAUACAUGUAGUUCUUGACUUACGACCACAUUUGGGGCUGAUUGCUAACCAAUGUAGUUAUUAAGCAAAUCUGGCUUUUCCCAUUGACUUACUUGUUGGAAGCUUGCUAGAGGGUUGCAAAUCAUGAUCACAUGACUGUAGGAUGUUGCCUCUGUUGUAAAUGCGAGCCUGUUACCAAGUGCUCAAAUUGUGAUCAGGUGACUUGCAGGGGUGAUGUGAUGUAAUUUCAAGGACAUACUAUAAGUCAUUUUUUUCAGCACCAUUGUAACUUCAAACUAUCAUUAAAUGAAUGGUCAUAAGUUGAGGACUAUCUGUAUUUUAAUAAACAUGACAGAUACAAUCAAUAGUUGAAGAUGAAUUAAGAAAAUUCGUUAAAGGAACAGAUUCCCCAACAAAUCUUCAUCUGAACAAAUUUCUUGCUUGUAAAUAUUACUGACAAAGAUGUUAUUGGUUGUAAACAAUACGCUACAAAUGCUUGCUGUUUUAAAUGAUAAAAUUGAGUAAUAUUACUUUGUUAUGAAGAAAUUUCUAGAAAAACUAACUUAAUAUAUUUCUAUUUCUACACUCAGGUAGAUUCAGAUAACCAAGCCUCCCCCCCCCCCUCGGUGCAAUCACCAUUAACACCAUAUGAUAGCAUUCCAACAACAAUCAUCCAAAGAUAAUGAAUCAUAGAACUUUGGGGCAAGUUUAAAAUGUAGGUAAAAUCAUGAUUACUUAUUUAUUCUAAUCUGACAAAGUCUUUAAAAAUAAAUAUUUCAAAAUCAUAAGCUGUUCUAGUACGUCAGCUUUAUGAAUCCACAUUUCUAUUGUUCAUUAUAAAGUGGAUCCCACUCAUUACAUGAUCAUGCAGCAUUCUGAUCAUAUAGUUGCUUAAGGCACAUAUGACUUUGCUUGAUGAAUAAAGCCUCUUUUAGCUAACAUAUCUAUUUGAGCAUUAUUUGAAACAUUGUUAUAUAAACUUUUGGUAAAAUUUUUAUGAUCUGCCUUUAAAAAAUGCAUUUGAUUAUGAUAGAUAUAUUAAGAAUUAGGGAUGUGAUGAACUGAACAAAUUAAUCCUAAGCAUUUUUAGUGUCACUGCCAUUUCAUAUAUGCUAUGACAUAAGUGGUGGAAUAUCUAGGUUCAAAGGAGAAAUAGUUAUAUCUCUGUGUGUGCGUGUUGGCCUGCAUGUUGUGCUUGUCAGCAAUUCUUUAAACAACUUCAUUGUUUCCUUAAGGCAGUGACUACAGAAUCCCAGAAAAAAAAUAUAUACAUUUAAUUUAAAAAGAUAAUGAUAGUUGUACAUCCCUAUUCCUAGUAGUCUUUUUUAUUAGCACAUUACUUGCUAAACAUGAAUCUAUAGGAUACUUGUUUACUUUAGUCCAGCGUUUCUCAACUUCCACAGUUUUAAGGUGUGUGGACUUCAACUCCCAGAAUUCCCAAGCCAACAUACUGGUUGGAGAACUUGAGCAGUGAAGUCCUUGCAUCUUAAAAGUUGCUGAGAUUGAGAAGCACUCCCUUAAUCCAAAUUUAAUAUUGAUGCCUUUAACAAAGUUGCCUUAAUGAGCUAUCCUAACUUCAACCUGAAUUCAGAUUAGGGACCUCAGGCGAGAUUAAAAGAAGAAGCAGAAGUCUCAUGGAAUACUUGCAGAAAGCUCCCUAGGUAUCAUGUUCCCACCAAAGGAAUGUUGAUACCCAGUGCCCACUCUUGGGUUGAAAUAAAAAAACAAAAUUUAAAAAAAAAUAGUGGAUUAAGGAUAAGGAUAAUUUUAUUUCUAUACCGCCUCUCUCCCGAAGGACUCGGGGUGGUGUACAGCCAGGUAAAAACACAAUACAAAUAUCACAAUUUAAAUUUAAAAAAUUAUUACAAGUAUUACAUUUAAGGCCAAAAUUUAAUAAAAACCCCCAAAAUUUAAGAACUCCGAAUUUAAAACUCAGUUAUGAAGCUAGCCCUGCCAGUCGGAAGAGCAGGGUCUUAAGAGCACAGCGGAAAACUCGGAGGUCAGAGAUCUUGCAUAUGUCCAGGGGCAGUUCAUUCCAAAGGGCAGGGGCUCCCACAGAGAAGGCUCUCCCUCUGGGUGUCGCCAGCCGAGAUAAUUUGGCCGACGGCACCCUGAGGAGUCCCUCUCUGUGGGAGCGGACUGGUCGGUGGGAAGCUAUCGGUGGCAGAAGGCUGUCUCGUAGGUACCCAGGUCCUGAGUUAUGGAGCGCUUUAAAGGUGGUAACCAACACCUUGAAUCGCACCCGGAAGACCACUGGGAGCCAGUGCAGCUCGCGCAGGAGAGGUGUUAUAUGAGCGCAACGAGUUGCAUCCAUAAUUACCCGCGUGGCCACAUUCUGGACCAGUUGGAGCUUCCCAGUGCUCUUCAAGGGGAGCCCCAUAUAGAGAGCAUUACAGUAGUCCAGCCGGGAGGUAACAAGGGCGUUAGUGACUGUGCGCAAGGCGUCCCGGUUCAGAAAGAGAUGCAACUGGCGAAUCAGGCGAACCUGAUAGAAAGCUUCCCUGGCCAGGGCUGUCAUAUGCUCUUCUAAAGACAGCCGUGCAUUCAGGAGGACGCCCAGAUUGCGAGCCCUCUCGGGGGGGGGGGUAGAGAUUCACCCCCUAUAGAAAGCGAUGGCGUCAGCUGACUAUAACAGGACGUGGGUAGCCACAGCCACUCGGUCUUGGAAGGGUUGAGUACCCCACAACUUUUUGAUAAUUUGAAGAAAAGACUAUACAUUUUCCAUGUACUAGUCUUUUAUCUUUGCAUCCAGCUUUGAAUGUAUAAGAUGGAACUAAUAGAAUUACCCAUUUUGUUCUAGGCAUAUAAAAUUUGGUUAAAUAAUUACAUAAUAUGAAGAUGAUUUAAUCCUAAAUUGUGUGAUUAUAUUCCUAUAUAUCUUUUUGAAUGAAAUAAUGGAUUUAAAUCUUUUCAAAAAAUGAGGAUUUUUCCAUGUGCACAAUAUACUUUGGAACUUGGUUGAUUUUUUCUGAAGAAUGACAAGACAGACCCAAGCAGUAAAAUAAAAAAAUCAGAAGGUGUCUGGUAGAACCUUUAGCUGACAAAGUGUAUUAAAAAGCAUACAUUUUUGUGAGCUAUAAAUGAGCUAGUUUUACUAGACGUCUGAUUUUUGGCUGCGGUAGAUACCGUAAAUACAACACUUAAUAAAAUGUAACCAGUAGGUGGCGCUACAGUAAUGCCAGUGCCAGAAGUGUAUCUAUGGAUGUGUAUACUCCUAUCUAUUACUAGCACAGAAACAAGCCAUAAUAGAUUCUGUCAUAAAACUUGCACUUGCCAGAUUUUUAUUGCUCUGUGUAAAAUGCCAUUAAAUCAAGGAAUAACUUGUAGGUUUCUUAUAUAACGUUAUUUUCUAAUUGUAAGCAAUGUUUUCUUAAGCAUACAUAAAUCUUUGACUCAAAUUUCACACCUUAAAUGAUAAGUGUGACAUUUUCAGUAGGAUGGUUAUCAAUCUAAAAUUUUAUGUGAAACGGUUAUUAUUCCCCCAUACAAAAAAAAGUUUGAGAUUGCAUGUGAGGUACUUAGCGAUCUGCUUUACUCAUACCUAGUAGGUUUCCAGUGCUUUCCUUUCAUCUCAGAAAGCAUACAAUGCACUAUUAAAACUUAAUUUAUCAUUGAAAUGUAGUUUUAUGCCUAUCUAACACUAUAAUUUUAAAACUGAUGGAAGAUAUUGUGACCUCUCAUUUUUAACUCUUUCAAGUCUGUAUGAUAUAACUGCAGCCUGUAAUCUGGAGAUUAUUUUGUUUUCAUCAGGUUUUAUAAAUUCUACAAUCUAGCAGAAUACUGAUGAUGUGUGCCUAUAUAUGUUUGCUACUUUCAAAUUCAAAUAUUUAUCUUUUGAUAAAUACCUGAAGUCCAAUUUCAGGUUUGUUUUUAUUUUAUGUACAGAAAGCUUGCAUACCCUCUAUAUGUGAAAGUGGUUUCUCUAGAGCUCUUGUUGUUUACAAAGUCAGACAUUCUACCACUCCUAUAAACUUUUGUUUUAAUUCUUUCAUACCAUAUUUUUGGCUAUCAAAUAUGUGCUUUAAAUACUUUUUGUAUUUAUGCCGCAAUGGCAACAUUUUGUUUGGACUGCUCAAAACUUCAAAAUAAAAUAGAGUUUAUUCAAACCAA